AAACCUUAGCGCAGCAUAGGCACACCGAUUAAGGUUCACCGCGUGCCAGGGCCAGGCUGGGCUUCUUAUUGGUAGUUGCGGCGGGCGCGGCUCGGCCCGGGGACUCCGGGAGAGCAGAGCAGAGCAGGCCGACCGCGAGCCAGCGGGGCCCGCCCCCGGCGCGCUCCCGCCCCCGGCGCGCUCCGGGCCACAGGCGCGAACUGCGCGGCGCGGCCGCCAGGGGGCGGGCCAGGGCGGCGGGAGGAGGGGCGGGGACGCGGAGACGCUGACAACGCCGGGUCCCGUGACUGUGCGCCCCGCCCGGAGCCGCCGCCGCCGCCGUCAUGCAGUCCCCGGCGGUGCUCGUCACCUCCAGGCGACUUCAGAAUGCCCACACUGGCCUCGACCUGACUGUGCCCCAGCACCAGGAGGUGCGGGGCAAGAUGAUGUCCGGACACGUGGAGUACCAGAUCCUGGUGGUGACCCGCCUGGCUGCCUUCAAGUCGGCCAAGCACAGGCCCGAGGAUGUCGUCCAGUUCUUGGUCUCCAAAAAAUACAGCGAGAUUGAGGAGUUUUACCAGAAACUGAGCAGCCGUUACACAGCAGCCAGCCUCCCCCCGCUCCCCAGGAAGGUCCUAUUUGUUGGGGAGUCUGACAUCCGGGAGAGGAGAGCCGUGUUCAAUGAGAUCCUGCGCUGUGUCUCCAAGGAUGCCGAGUUGGCAGGCAGCCCAGAGCUGCGAGAGUUCUUAGGGACCAGAUCCCCAGGGGCUGCCGGGCUCACCAGCAGAGAUUCCUCUGUCCUGGAUGGCACAGACAGCCGGACAGGGAAUGAUGAAGAGGCUUUUGACUUUUUUGAGCAGCAAGACCAGGUGGCGAAUGAGGGCCUGCCCAUCCAGGGCCUGAAGGACGAGGAUGCUGAGGAGUCCUUGGAAGAGGAGGAGGCACUGGACCCUCUGGGCAUUAUGCGCUCCAAGAAGCCCAAGAAACAUCCCAAAGUGGCUGUGAAAGCCAAGCCCUCGCCCCGGCUCACCAUCUUUGACGAGGAGAUGGACCCCAACGAGGGGCUCUUUGGCCCAGGCACAAAGCUGUCCCCGCAGGGCCUCUCAGAGGACACGUCAUCCAUGGACUCCCUGAAGCUGUUUGAAGAUCCUGACCUCGGCGGGGCUGUCCCCCUGGGUGACUCCCUCCUGCUGCCGGCCGCCUGUGAGAGUGGAGGGCCCACGCCCAGCCUCGGCCACAGGGACACCUCCAAGGAACUGUUCAGAGUUGAAGAGGACUUGGACCAGAUUCUGAACCUGGGGGCUGAGUCCAAACCCAAGCCCCAGCCCCAGCCCAAGCCCAAGCCACCAGUGGCAGCUAAGCCGGCAAUACCCAGAAAACCAGCUCUUCCCCCCAAAGCGGGCCCAUCUGAAGCUGUGGCUGGGCAGCAGAAGCCGCAGGAGCAGAUCCAAGCCAUGGACGAGAUGGACAUCUUACGGUACAUCUGGGAGCAUACCGCACCGGCCCAGGCCACCCCCAGCCUCUUCUGAUCCUUCCAUGCUGGCCCCUGGCCCGACAGACCUGCCUAUAGGGACAUCUGUGUGAAGGGAGGGGACUGUGCCCCGCAGGGUCAGAACCUCCCCACCCCCAAGGAAGGCCAGGUGGAAGCCAGGGUCACAGCACCCAGAAUUGCAUUGUUUAUUUUCUCCUGGGCAGUGGGGCCACAGUAGAACCCUGCAGGCUGCAGGGGUGGCUCUCACCCUAGGAAGUGGAGCCCAGCUGUCCUGUUCUCCAUGGACACGGAAGGGAGGGAGGGUGUGGAGAUGCCUUGCCAACCAGGAUGCCUUGCCAGCCCCAAGAAUGGAGCAAGACACGUGGGGCCCCAUUGAGGUAUUGCAUGGGGCAGGGAAACUUCCUGCCCAUGGGUUCUACCAGCCCCAGCACAGACCCAAACUGGGCCUGGGCCUCUAGCCCUCCUCUGCCUCGGUUGGCAUAGUAAGAAGGAGUGACCAGAAUCCUCCCCUUUCCCUUCCUUAAGCAGUAGCCUGGGUGACUGGCUGGCCUGGGCCUGGGGUCAGGGGAAGUCCCCAAGCCAAAUUACUCCAGGGUCUCUGCUCCUUGUGGCUCGUGGGGGCCUGCAGGGUGUGGGUGGGUCUCCCAGGAGAGGGGUCCUGAGCAGGAGACUGGCUGUCUGGCGUGUUCUCAUGCAAGUCUCUCCUGAGCCCCCUCUUGUUGUGAGCUCUAAAGGGAGCAGUCAGGCCCAACCCCGCCUCUCCGGGUACAGAUGGCCCUGCCAGGCCCCAGCUCUUCCUCCCUCUUCCUUUCCCAGGAAAGGCCAGCCCAGUCCAUGGCCUUCUUGGGCCUCUGGGCACAGAGCCAGCGUUCUUCAUGCAGCUCUCCGCAAACUGGGUCAUAGCGCGCCCCACAGCUCAGCCUGGGCCUGGGGAGGGCUCCCAGCCUGUGCCGCCCUCCACUGCCAGUGCGGCGUGACGCUCUCAGGCUUCGGCCCUGGGGCCUUCGCUGUCCUCAGGGUCUGGACUUGCUCAGUGGCCUUUCACCAGUGGAGCUGCCUUCCCAGGGAGAAGGAGCCGUGUGCCAGGGCGGGGCCUGUGCCUUAGACUUCUCCCGAUCCCCAAAGCCCUGGCACACAGGUCUGGGCACCACAAAGUGCUUUGGAAAUUCCCAGUGAAUGAGGUUUAAUAAAGCAAAAAAUGUCAAGGUGUC